AUGGCAGAUAGAAACAUCACUUUGAUUAAAGACUUGGACAAUAUGAAGGAUGAUUACACACUAAAAGUGUCUAUCAUCCGGCUAUGGAGAUCAAUUUCAGAUGUUAACCCCACUAUUGUCAAAUCAAUUGAGAUGAUAUUGAUGGAUGAGAUGUGUACUAAAAUCCGAGCAAGUGUCUAUCCAAGAGAUUUUCAAAGGUUUGAGUCGAAACUGAAAGAAGAUCAAGCUGUUUACAUCCGAUCGCCCACUAUCGCUCCUAACAGAUACAAUUUUAAAAUAAGUGAUGUAACCUCCAAGUUAAACUUGCAUGGAAGAACAACUGUCAAUGAGUGUCUACACUUUCAAUCCAAAACAACAUACGUGUUUUCUUGUGUUUCGUUUGAAAGAAUUAUCUCUGCAACAACUACAUCUAAUGACUCAAUUGAUGUUAUUGGUGAAGUUGUUUCAUUAGCAAAGCUUGAUUCCCGUGAUCUAAACAAAUCUCGACAUAGGCUACCUUUACAAAUCAGAAACUUAGAAGGUUUGCAGGUUAACGUGACAUUGUUUGGAGAUAUUGCAUACCAAUUGAUUUCUUAUCUUGAAGCUCAUAAACAAGUUGGUCGUGUGGUUGUUCUUUUGUAG